UCUCUCUUUCAAUCUAUAAUAAUAUCUUUCUUCUAACCACAUGAAUUCUUUCAUCACGUUUGCUCUUCUCUCUCUUCUUCUGGCACUAAACUCAAACCCGUCGUAUGCCUCCGGGCGCAACCACACAGACGAUACAAACGCGUGUAGGGUGACGCGAUACAGCAGGUACAUUAAAAACGCGUGCAGCGUAACGCAAAACCAACAGCUAUGCUUUCGAACGCUAUGGCCGUUUGCAAUCGUCGCUAAAAACAACUCGAGCAAGUGGGCCCGAGCUAGCGUCGCGGUGACCAUAACGGACACCAAACAGAUCCUAAGACUCUUGCUGAAAACGCGGAGUUCGGCGGUUGGGAAACGCGAGAGAGUCGCGUUAUCGGAUUGUCGAGAGCUAUUCGUGGACUCCCUUGGCAAUCUAUACAAGUCACUCGCCGUUCUCCGGAAACUGGACGCCGACGAGUUUCAGCAGCAGAUGAGCGAUCUCGCCACGUGGUUAAGCUCUGCACUCACGGAUGAGGACACGUGUCUAGAUGGGUUUGAGGAGACGUCGAUUAGAUCGUCGACGGUGAGAAUGAUUCGGAGGAGAGCUACAAGGUGUAUGCAGUUAUGCAGCAACGCUCUGGCGCUACUGAACAAGCUUGCUUAUGAUGGCUUGUAGUCUACGCUAUGGGCUUUAUCUUUUUUUUGAAUGAAUACGCUAUGCGCUUAUUAUUUUGAUAACAACAUAUUAUUAUUACACACGAUGAAUUAUACUACAUUUAAGCAAAUUAUCAUGGAUUAA